CGUACACCAUGGAACACACCAAGGGCAACGUGUCUGCGGCCAGCCCGGUCAGUGAGGAGUAUGCCGGCCUCGACGACGAUGCCAGGAAGCUGGCGGAAAUGGGCUAUACGCAGGACAUGCAGCGGAACUUUUCGGUGCUGUCACUGCUGGGCGUCGCCUUUUCCUUGGCCAACUCGUGGUUCGGCAUCUCCGCCUCUUUGAUCACCGGCAUCAAUUCCGGAGGCACCGUCUUGACCAUCUAUGGCAUUCCAUGGAUUGCCCUCAUUUCCACCUGCGUGGGUGUCACCCUCUCCGAAUUGGCCUCCGCCAUGCCCAAUGCCGGCGGCCAAUACUUCUGGGCCAGCGAGCUUGCCCCGCGCCAAUAUGCCUCCUUCGCAUCCUAUCUGACCGGCUGGCUGGCCUGGUCCGGAGCCAUCUUCACCUGCGCCAGCGUUGCAUUAAGUCUGGCCUCUGCCGGCGUCGGCAUGUGGCAGCUCUCCCAUCCGGACUUCACCCCCCAACCCUGGCACACCGUCGUGGCCUAUCAACUCAUCAACUUCUUCGCCUUCCUCUUCAACUGCGUCGGCAAACUCCUCCCCACCGUCGCCACCACCACCCUCUACAUCUCCCUCCUCUCCUUCGCCGUCAUCCUCAUCACCGUCCCCGCCGCCGCGCCCACCCACGCCUCCCCUUCCUUCGUCUUCGCCCACUUCGUCAACUCGACCGGCUGGCCCUCCGACGGCAUCGCCUUCCUCGUCGGCCUCAUCAACCCCAACUGGAUCUUCGCCUGCCUCGACUCCGCCACCCACCUCGCCGAAGAAGUCCACCGUCCCGAACGCAGCAUCCCCAUCGCCAUCCUUGCCACCGUCGCCAUCGGCUUCCUCACCUCCUGGACCUACUGCAUCUCCAUGUUCUUCAGCCUUACCGACCUAACCGCCAUCCUCACCUCCCCCACCGGCGUCCCCAUCCUCGCCCUCUUCUACCAAGCCCUUCACCACAAACCUGCCGCCAUCGUCCUCGAAUCCCUCAUCCUCGUCACCGGCAUCGGUUGCCAAAUCGCCUGCCAUACCUGGCAAUCCCGCCUCUGCUGGUCCUUUGCCCGCGAUCGCGGUCUCCCGGGCUCGUCCUUCCUCGCGCAGAUCCAUCCCACGCUAGACGUGCCCCUCAACGCCCACAGCGCGAGUUGCUUCAUCGUCGGCCUCCUGGGUCUUCUUUACCUCGGCUCCUCCACCGCCUUCAACAGCAUGGUCACGGCCUGUAUCGUCCUGCUCUAUACCUCCUACGUAGUCCCCGUGAUCUGCCUCCUCCAUCGCGGCCGAGACAAUAUCCCGCACGGCCCGUUCUGGUUGGGGACUUUCGGCCUCGUAUGUAAUCUUGUUCUUCUGGCGUGGACGCUGUUCUGUCUCGUGAUUUAUUCCUUUCCGGUCGUGUAUCCGGUUACGACGAGUAACAUGAACUACGUAUCGGCAGUAUACGGCGUCGUGGCGGUGAUUAUUGCUCUCGAUUGGGUUCUACGAGGACGGAAGACAUUUCGGGGCCAGACGGCGCGACAUGCGGAGGGAGGACUAGACUCUAGCUCGGUUGAGUUGGUUUGGUUGGCUCAGUUUAUCUAUUGGAACUAUACCCGUGAUUGGAGAGUGUAUGGGGUAUGAUGGGUGUAUGGUUCGACUAGUACUACGUACUACUUCUCGCCCGGCAAUAAAUAUAAUGAAUCAAGGAAUGAAUGCAUGGAGGUUGUUGGAAGAUAUAUUUUACUAUAGGACGGUUGAUCUAAUGACGAC